UGAUAAUGGUUUUUAUAGGUAAAUGGGAGUCACCGCGACGACACCGUACCUCCGAAUGCUGCUUUUUUUUGCACUAGAGUCUACAGGUGCAGUUCCUUCUACAUCUAAUAUGACUCCCAUUGUGACCACGACUUCAACUAGUAGUUCUACCUCACUUCAAUCGGCCAGAACACAAGUGGAUUCUGCCAAUGAAUCAAAUGAAACAAAGAUUAAAGCUCGAGGGAUGAUUCUUCAACAGCUUGUUGAGUUGAAGAACCUUAAAGAUGCCAAUGUACUUACCAAUGAUGAGUUUGAGGAACAGAAGAAGAAGAUGUUAGAAGAUCUCAAGAAACUUUAAUUAUUAUUUGACAAUAAUGUAAAAUGUUUUAUGGUUGUUUUGUUUGUUUCUGAGUAUCAUUUACAUGCUUAUUUGUCAUUUGCAAAUAAGUACACGGAGGGCUUUACAAGUAAUCUGUAAAUCUUAGAUAGUUUCUAAUGUCUGCAUCAGAGAUUUGCAUGAAGGCUUCAAACACCAUUUCCUCUGGAUCAUCACGACACACUUGCCACACAACAUCAUUUCCUCGAAUCCAACUCUUUGCUUGAGAGAAAACGUUCUCACAUKGAUUGAAGUCARGACUGUAAGAUGGCAAGAAUACCACAAGAGCGCCACUAGCAUUUAUAGCUUGAACUACACGACGACAGCGGUGAAUUUUAGCAUUAUCUGUAAAAAUAUAAUGCAAUUUCUCUUCAUUAAUUUAGUGUGUUGCAAUAAAAUACUAACAAAAUCU